AUGUCCAUUUCCAACAUCACAGUCUUCAUGCCUUCUGUGUUGACACUAACAGGGAUCCCAGGCCUGGAGUCCGUGCAGUGCUGGAUUGGGAUUCCAUUCUGUGCCAUGUACCUCAUUGCUGUGAUUGGAAAUUUCCUGCUUUUGAUCAUCAUCAAAUCAGAACGCAGCCUCCAUGAGCCCAUGUACAUUUUCCUAGGCAUGUUAGGAGUCACAGAUAUUGUACUUAGUACCAGCGUUGUGCCCAAGAUGGUUGGAAUCUUCUGGUUUCAUGUACCAGAAAUAUAUUUUGAUUCUUGCUUGCUUCAAAUGUGGCUCAUCCACACAUUUCAGGGAAUAGAGUCAGGCAUCCUGCUGGCUAUGGCCCUGGACCGCUAUGUGGCCAUCUGUUAUCCCCUGAGACAUGCUGCCAUCUUUACACCCCAGCUAGUCACUCAAAUCGCAGCUAUGGUAACACUUAGGGCUGCCAUUCUUGUAGCCCCAUGCCUAAUGCUGAUAAAGUUCCGGCUGCAAUUUUAUCACACAACAGUCGUCUCCCACUCAUACUGUGAGCAUAUGGCCAUUGUGAAACUGGCUGCAGAAAAUAUCCGGGUCAACAAAAUCUAUGGUUUGUUUGUGGCCUUCACUGUUGCAGGGCUUGAUCUCAUAUUAAUCACCUUGUCCUAUAUACAGAUAUUUAUCACAGUUUUCCUUCUGCCCCAGAAAGAGGCUAGGUUGAAAGCAUUCAAUACUUGCAUCGCUCACAUCUGUGUCUUCCUCCAGUUCUACCUCCUUGCCUUCUUCUCCUUCUUUGCACAUAGAUUUGGGUCUUACAUCCCCCCUUACAUCCACAUCCUCUUUUCUAGCAUUUACUUGCUGGUCCCUCCAUUUCUCAAUCCACUUGUCUAUGGUGCAAAGACGAAGCAGAUCCGUGUCCAUAUGGUAAAAAGGUUCUGUUCAUAA